AUGUUACAAGUACUCGGAGGCACCGUGCCCCCAAAUACUGACCAUGCGGUUAGUGUUUCGCUUCCUACAUGGAGAGCCAACAUCGGGUACGAGGAGGGAGAAGACUGGGUUAUAAGCAAGAUGCAAUGCGGCUACCCCCGCUUCUUCGUGCAUCCUAGCAUUCAAAAGCUUGUGCGGGAGAUUAUUUCCCGGGUUGGAGACUCGGAGAAGGAGACGGCAACGCUAUUCCCAUCGGUCAAGACUGCACGCACCUGUCACUCGUUCAUCGUGUCCAAGAUCCCCGUCGAGCAGUCGCGCCAAGUUCGCAUCGUGAACUUCAAUCCGCCCCAGCAUACCGAAGCCGGACCAACUGCGAUAACAUCCACUUUGUCGUCCGUGAUUUAUCCCAAAGAAUUUGCACCUAUUGCCAAGCAGGUGUGGCAACAUUCUGGCAACGGCAUCUCAAGUCGGCGGGGGGAGUUUUGUCUUCGUGCCUUGCAGGAUGGGUUCUUGGUAGAGGAUAAGAGCUCUGCGACUUCGGAGUCAAUUCAGAGACCCUGCAAAGGCCCUAGAAGAUACCAAGGAAGAGGUUCUGUGAGUGGAAUCUCGCGAACUCCUUCUACACCCAUGCCUUCGGCCGAAACACCGUCGGCAACGAACAAUGGCGUUGAGGAUGGCCGAGACUAUUCACAAUUCAUUGAGGAGCGAUUCGGCCGAAAUCUUAGCACCCUGCACGCAAAUCAGGCCAAAAAUGGCGUGCGGAGGCGGAUUGCUGGUGUUCUGACCGCUGAUGUCGACCUGCCCGAAGCCCUUGAAACGGCCUCAUCGGAGGGCCGAGUUGCUGGAAUCUCCGAGGAUGAUGUCUAUCUGUAUCCUUCCGGCAUGAGUGCGAUUUUCAAUGUGCACCAGAUUUUGAUGAAUGCACGGGGCCUCAUGAAGAGCAUCUGCUUUGGAUUCCCUUAUACCGACACGCUGAAAAUUCUACAAAAAUGGGGUCCUGGUUGUAUUUUCUAUGGUCACGGAUCAUCUGAGGAUCUAGAUGAUCUAGAAUCUCGGCUGAAGAAUGGCGAACGGUUCCUCGGUCUUUUCACCGAAGCUCCUGGCAACCCUCUUCUCAGGACUCCAGAUCUUGUGCGCAUCCGAGCACUGGCUGACCAAUAUGAUUUUGCCGUGGUGGUAGAUGAGACCAUUAGCAAUUUCCUCAAUAUCAAUGUACUCCGCUAUGCCGACAUUGUCGCCAGCAGCUUGACAAAAGUUUUCAGUGGAGACAGCAACGUGAUGGGUGGAAGUGCAGUGCUCAAUCCGCAUGGGCAGUACUAUCAGCAUUUGAAAGAGAUUUACUCUUCGGAAUUCGAAGACAUCUAUUGGGCAGAAGAUGCCGUCUUCCUAGAACGAAAUAGUCGUGACUUCGUGUCACGAAUUGAGAAGAUCAACUCCACGUCAGAGGAAAUUACGGCGAUGCUGAAGGCUUCUGCAUUGAUCAAGGAUGUUCAUUACCCAAAGUACAGCCCCACACGCCCAUUGUACGAUAGUCUUCGCACCCCCAACGGCGGUUAUGGUGGCCUGUUUUCUGUCACCUUCCACUCGACCGAUGAAGCCAUCGCAUUCUAUGAUACCCUUGAGGUUUUGAAAGGACCCAGUCUCGGUACUAAUUUCACACUGAGUUCUCCCUAUGUCCUUUUAGCCCACUACGGUGAACUCGAUUGGGCGAGAUCAUUCAAUGUUGAUCCAGAUCUCGUCCGAAUUAGCGCUGGACUGGAAGACGUAUCAGAUUUGCGUGCCAGAUUUCAACGCGCCCUGGACGCAGUGGAAAAGGCGAGGAAGUAA